UACCUUUAGAAAACACAUAUUAUUAUGUUAUAUAUUAAAGUUUGAAUAGUGCAUUUUGUUUACAUCAAUAAUUUAAAACGAUAAUAUUGUAAGCAAUAAUUUAAAUAAUAUGGAACUCAUUAUGAGCACAUAAUCGAAAAAAGAGAAGAAAUAAUCUAAGAUAAUUAGAAACUCGAAUGAAGAAAAAGUAAACAAUAAUUUAAAGGUUAAAAUAUUCAUUACAUUCUGUAUAUUUUUUUCUAACCACCAUGGACAAACAUAAAUUAGAUAUUCAAGGAAACCAAAGUCGAUACGUAGCAACGCCAGAAAUGAAAAAGAAAAAUGUAUCAAAUAACACGUCUAUUAACGUUGCAUCAUCUUCUGGACAAAAAGCUAGAAUAAAUUAUGAUUUUAUACACCCAAAUAAUCUCUUUCAAAAGAAAAAAACUAUGUCGAGACAUUCGAUGUUGCCUUCUCACAUAUUAUUAGAAUCAUCGAAGGAGGAAGAAGCAAGAACCAAAGAUAUGGAAUUAAAAUUAUUGUAUAAUGAUUAUCUUCAAGUUAUUAUGUUAGAGCAUCUGACAAAAAAUAAAUCAGAAGACAUGAAAAAGACUAUUAUUAGACAGUUAGCUGAUAUUGCAAGAGAAUGUGCAUCCGAUGAAGAAAAAUUACUUAAAUUAAAGACUAGAGAAAGGGAUAUAAUGCAUUUAAGUAUUGCUCAAACAGAAUUAGAUGCUCAAAUUGAAGAAAUAAAUGAAUACAUUAGAAGUGGUAAGAUAGAUUCUAUAAAAGAUAUUAUGUCACAUUUGUGUUCGGUUUUGGAACCUUUGGAUCAAUUACGAUGUAAAAAUAUAAUUCUUCCUGAGAAAACGGAAGAAUGGUUAGAAUUAGAAGAAACUCUUAAAGAAUGCAAAAAUACUCUUCAACAUAUCAGAGAAUUGAUAAACAAUAAUUUACAAACAUAUCAAGCUGUAUACAAUGGAAUGAAAGAUUUUACUACAACGUACAAUGAUAUAGAAACUUGUCAGAAAAAGUUAGACGAGGCACUCAGUCAUUUGCAAGUAAUCGUAUUAAAACAUGGUUCUUUUUCGUUAAAAUAAUAUUAAGUUCUUUUUUUUUUUUCUUUUUAUAAAUAUGUAAUAUAUAAGUGCUCUUAUUAUUUUUAAGUUACAUAAAGUUUUCAAUAAAAAUUAAUAUUUUCUUA